UCUCAUGUGGCGGCCGGGCGCGGCCUGCGCUCCUCUCUUCUCCCGGGUCGCGGCCCGGGGCCGGCGGAGAGGCGGGCGCUGGAAGGAGCAGGAGGAGGCCGCGGUGGUGGCGCCUCCUCUCCGGAGAAGUGGCUGCGGCUUCGCUCUCCUGGGCCGGCCGGAUGUGCAGCCGCAUUGUUUAUAUGGUGUUCUCAUAGUCAAAUCCAAGAGUGCUCAACUGCAAUGCGCAAGAAGUGCAGGAACUCGAAUUGACAAAAGCUCAAUAGAUGAAACUACAUAUGAAAAGCUUGCUGAAGAAACCCUGGAGUCAUUAACAGAUUUCUUUGAGGAGCUGGCAGACAAGCCCUUUACUCCUCAAGAUUAUGAUGUCUCAUUUUCGGCUGGAGUAUUAACAGUUAAAUUGGGUGGAAGCAUGGGAACAUAUGUGAUCAACAAACAGACACCAAACAAACAGAUAUGGCUGUCCUCUCCAAGCAGUGGCCCGAAGCGUUAUGACUGGACUGGAAAAAACUGGGUUUAUUCUCAUGAUGGAAUCUCUCUUCAUGAACUACUUGCAAUGGAAUUUUCUGUUGCAUUAGAAACCAAAUUAGACUUAUCAGCUCUAGCACAUGCUGGAAGAAAACGUUCUUGAUAAUAUUGACCGUAAAGAAUUCAAAGACUUUGAACUUUGACACAUGGUCUUCCCCUUUUUUGUAAAUGUGUUAAUCCAAUUUUAAAUUCCGCAGGAUUUCUAUAAAUUCACUUUUAUUCUGGAACAAUGAAAGCAACUCCCACCCA